CUACCACACCGAUUUCUUUAGUCUUGGUUCUACUUUCAAGGAUGUAACAGGUGUACGCUCUGUGCUAGAUUUGUUGUUAGUGCUUGGAGUUUGUUCGUCGCGACUUCGUCUGUGGGGAUGUUCGAGCAAAGACCGGUGCCUUUAUGAUGUUUUGCCGCGUCAUUGCAAGCUAAAAUCGGAGUGAACCAUGAGCUCAAAGGGCCACAAGUGCAGGGUCCUGCUCCACCAAUGCCUGGCAAUCAUCGUGCGCAAGGAGGGGUGCAGGGGGGAUCCGGGGGACUUCUGGAUGUAUGAAAAUGGGUACUUGCUCUUCCAGGGUCUGCUCUCAUCCAACAGCGUCUGUUGGUGGAACACCGGCCUCAACGGCGCCACCAAGAGUCUCAGCUACCAUGGCUACAUCAGCCCUGGCGCCCUCCUCGUAGGGUCCGAGCCUUGCGCCAUCGACAUAGUCAAAAACGCGUGGGCCCGAAGGGUCCUGCAGCCGCCCCCCGGCUACCAAAUCGUCGCUCUCGAAGACAUCGAGAACUGCUACGGCAUCCCGGUGGCGCAGACCCAAUGGACGCCCCUACCAGAGGCCGUGUGCGCCGUCAUUCUCAAACUGUCGCGUCAAGGCAGACCCGCUGGAAUCGAAACCAUCCGGGAAGCCCUCAUCAUGACCUUCCCUCACGUGUCCCCGCCUAGUGAGCAAGCCCUCUACGACACCCUAGUGCAGCUCACCACCGAGCGCAAGCUCUACCACACCUCCAACGGCUACUUCAUCGUAACUCCGGAACGCAGGAGGUCCCGGAGCGCCUCCAGAGGCCGCAAGCGCGUCGACGACCCCGAGCCGGAUCCAGUUUCCGGUAAGACGAUGCUCAUGUCAACCGAAGAAGCUCUGGUUAUGGUUCACGGCGACAUGGCCACUAUACGAGACGGAGAUGUCACGCACCAGCUGAUUCAGACUAAUCUGGCCGAUGUUAUAUGUGGAGGGAACCCGAGUGACAAGGUGUUGUAUCCUAGGAGCAGCAAGUAUAGGGCGUCGUCGCUGUCGGUGCCGAGGAGCCCGGACCGGAGGGGCUCCUUCAGGCUGUGGAGGUCGAGUCGGAGGCUGAGGCGGUCGGCGUCCACGAGGACGAUAGCGAAGCACUACGUGGACACGACGAGCAGUAGCACGGAGACGUCGGCGCCGUCGACGCCUAGUCCUAAGAAAGAGUCCCUCCUCUCGCGCCUCUUCAAGAAAACCAAAAGAUCCCAGUGCCAAAUAAGCUCGUUCAGCGCCCAGUUCCCCCCCACCGAGUGGUUCAACUCCAAAGCCGUCCACCUCCACAGCAUCGGAACGCAAACCUCCACAUCCGACAAGGAAAUCGCCUCAAUUACCUCGUAUCUGGAAAAGUGCGAAAUCAAAGCCUCCUCCCGUUCGGCUACUCUACCUCGGCGCCGCUGCCGCCAGUACCCCGACCUCCCCUACCCCCCGUACCCCAUCUCCCGCGAGAGCUCCCCCGUCUCCCGCAAGCCCAGCAGCUACGUGUCCUGCACCCUCCCGCGCAACAAGCAGAAGAGCCGGGAGAGCUCCCGGAAGACCAGCAGGAGCAGUUUGGUGCGGCAGCACAGCGACGAGCAGAAGAGCGACCUUGUAAAUAGAAUUUGUGAUAGUCCAGUGAAACCUAGUCAAAAGAGCAGCGAGAAGUUGGAGCCGCCGGCUUUGGACAACAGCGGGCCUUCGAGUAUUGAGUCGCACAAGAGCAGCAGCAAGACGGAGAGUUCGUUCAACAGCGGGCCGUCAAGCUUGGAGUCGCACAAGACGGUGAUUAACACGAAGGACACGAAGGUGAAGAAGAAACGGGAGCAGAAUAAUAGAGUGUCGACGAGUAUUCCCCAGAGUAACUCGUUUACGUUGCAAGUGACGACGAACCAGGGGGUUUCCAAGUUGAACAACAAGCCGAACGCUACGACGACGACGACCAUAAACGGGGAAGGAGGCAGCAGUACGAAGAUCUUCGUUCAGAACUCGCCAGUGCGGUCGGUGAUCACGUUCGAGAACGGACAAGGCGACGACAGGAACCCGAAUCUGGUGAUCAUCAACGACACGGAAAGCUCGCAGUACGAGUCAAAAGUGCCCAAGAACACCAACCAGUCCAAAGAAACCACUCUCAACAACUCGCGCGACCUCCUGCCGAACGGUGAAGACUUGAAGAACAACCGGAAGCUGUCCCUCCAACUCCCGAAUAAAGAAGGCUUGAGUUUCCACAACUUGAUCAAGAACGUGUCGACGAGUUCGCACAAGUUUUCUUCCACGUCGAACCCGGACUCUCCGGUGAUAGCCCACGAGAGUCCCAAAGGGGGGUACAACAGCACUCCGCCGAGUCCCACGAAGAGCUCGGACGCCCUCUCGAUUUCCUCCAUCGGGAACAUGUACGCCAAGAACGAGAUGGGGUCUCUUUCGAGUUUCGACACGUCGAAGAAGCUCGAGAAGAACAUGCUGGGGUCGGAGCCCAAUAUCAGCUACAAGGAUAACCGGGACCAGCAGUUUCCGAGCUUGAAUGACUUGUCGUUCAACUUUACGAGUUUGGCUGCGCAGAAGAUACUGAAGGGUGUGGGCUUGAACAGCGUCGAUACUUUGGUCGAGUUGAACAUGACGAAUGUUGAUAAGCAGAAUAACUGUGAUGUGGUUCACACUGAUUUCGGGAUGUUUUGAUAAAUCUGGAGUUCUUUUUGCUGGCUUUGUUCGAAAGUCGGUUUUAAAGGAGUAAUGACCGGUUGUAAUAUAUGUAUUAUUGUUAGAGUAACUGUAUGGCUUUUCAGUUAUGCAACUGACCAUGUAUUUAAUAUUUUAUAUACGUUUUUAUGUAAUUAUGAAUAAUAAAUAAUAUUUACGUAA